GUUUUUCCGUUACUUUUUAGACUUGUUGGUUCAACUGUUUGUUGUUUUAUUUUCUUCCAUGAUAUGUUUUUCGAUUUAAGGAACAAGUGCAAGCGAAAGUACUGGUGGGACUUGAACUUGCAAGACGUUUCGUCAACGGGGUCUGACACAGUGAUUAAGACUGGGGAGAGGUCGAGAGGCAGAGUCACAUUGUUGGUGUUACACCAAUCAGAGGCAAGGCAGAGGUCAUGGGCAUGUCUGGAGGCAGGACACGCCCUAAGUGGCAGAGAUGAUGGUCUCUACCUGCUGCACCACCUGGGCCAAAAUCUCUCUGGGAGAGAAAGGAAGAUAAUCGCCAAGACAGAAAGGAGAUGAAGGACCCCCAGGAUCCUUUGAGUUUGUGGACCCCCCGGAAGACUACUAAAUUAAAGAAAGACAGGAGCCCCAGGCCGAUCGGGAGAUGCCGGCAGCCCAGGCCCCACCACCACCUUUAACUCUGGCUUCCUGUUGGUGAUGCACAGCCAAUCAGACACAUUUCUUUCCUGUCCAGCAGACAUGACACAACUGUGGACUGGCUACAGUUUGCUGUACCUGGAUGGCCAAGAGAAAGCCCACACACAGGACCUCGGCCGGGUCAUGUAUGCGUCUCUUCAGCACCAUGCCUUUCUCCUACUGUAAAAUGGGCAUGUGUGACUACGUCAGCUGCAAUGACAAGUCCUACUGGCUGUCUACCACAGCGGCAGUGCCCAUGAUGCCUGUGGGCCAGGACAUCCAGCAGCACAUCAGCCGCUGCGUAGUGUGUGAGGCACCCUCCCCUGCUGUGGCAGUUCACAGCGAAGAAAACAGCAACCCCUUCUGUCCCCCCAACUGGAGGAGUCUGUGGGUAGGAUACUCCUUCCUCAUGGACCUGAGCCCUUGGUCCAUGCCUCAGGACUACCUGGCAUGAUGACUUCUUGUUGUCCACAGUCCACCUGGCUGUGCUGCUGCUCCAGAUUCAACUGUUCUGCCUGUGGCAAUGGAACCCUUAUCUGUUCACUGUGAUUACUAUUAUUUGACCAUGCUGGUAAUUUAUGAACAUUUGAACAUCUUGGCCAUGUUCUGUUAUAAUCUCCACCCGGCACAGCCAGAAGAGGACUGGAACCCCACUUUGCCUGGUGCCUCUAGGUUUUGGCCUUUCUAGGGAGUUUUUCCUAGCCACUGUGCUUCUCCACCUGCAUUGCUUGCUGUUUGGGGUUUUAGGCUGGGUUUCUGUACAGCACUUUGAUAUAUCAGCUGAUGUAAGAAGGGCUAUAUAAAUACAUUUGAUUUGAUCAUCUUCGUAAACAAUUUGAUAUGAUUUCUGUCAGUACACGUAAUCCUUAUAGGAGAAGCCUUUCAGUAAUAAUUCCUCUAAGCAACCAGUAGUCUUAAGUAUUAUAUGUGGACUGUUUCAAGGUUAAAUAAAU